GCCCAGCUGCAACCAGAGAGAGGAAACACCAUGACCUCCGCCCUCACAGUCCUGCUGUGUCUUGGGCUGAGUGUGGGCCCCAGGACCCGAGCACAGGCAGGGACUCUCCUCAGACCCACCAUCUGGGCUGAGCCAGGCUCUGUGAUGCUGGGGACACCUGUGACCAUCUGGUGUCAGGGAAGCCUGGAGGCCCAGGGGUACCUCCUACAUAAAGAAGGAUAUUCAGGGACCUGGGACAGACAGAAACCGCUGGAGACCGGGGACAAGGCCAACUUCUCCAUCACAUACCUUACAAAUGUAUAUGCAGGAAGAUAUCACUGUAGCUACUUCAGUCCCAUCAGCUGGUCAGAGUACAGUGACCCCCUGGAGCUGGUGGUGACAGGAUCUCAUGGCCAAGCCAGCCUCUCAGCCCUGCCCAGCCCUGUCGUGACCUCAGGAGGGAAUGUGACCCUCCAGUGUGCCUCACGGAUGGGAUUCCACAGG